GGUCAAAAAAAAAGUCCUCAGCAGUUUAAACCACAUGGAGUUGAAGGGGCUUCUGCUGUUUGUGAGUGCUCUGUGUUUGGCUGCUCUGACUUCACCACAGGACAGCUGUGGGCAACGGCCCCUAGUUGCACCCCCAGGUCUGUCUCGGAUAAUGGGGGGCCAGGAGGCUCCUGAGGGGGCAUGGCCCUGGCAGGUCAGCAUCCAGAUCCAGUCCAGGCACCACUGUGGUGGGACAAUCCUAAACAGCCUUUGGGUGCUGACUGCCACACACUGCUUCUACAAAUACCUGUGGAUCAGCAGAGCCCAUUUCCGUGUGGUGGCAGGACUUAAUGUGUUAUCUGCUCCUGGAGAUCAUGCCCAGAUCCACUCCAUCAGUAGAGUCGAAAUGCACAAGGACUAUGAUGACAACACGUCUGACAACGAUGUGACACUAGUGCUCCUAAGCUCUCCCUUCAACUUCACUGACCAUGUCCAACCCAUCUGUACUCCUCAUAAUGUGACCCAUGAGUUCACCCUAAACUUCAGCCACUGUUUCAUCUCUGGAUGGGGGAGCACCUAUUACAAAGGCAGGCUGUUGAACAGAUUGCAGGAAGCUGAGGUGGAGCUCAUUGACAGGACAACAUGUAACCUGAUCGACUGGUACGACGGCCAUGUCACUGAAAACAUGAUCUGUGCUGGAUUGGAGAGCGGGGCGGCUGAUUCUUGUCAGGGCGACAGCGGAGGUCCUCUGCAGUGCUACAGCGAGGAUGAGGAGAGGUUUUAUGUGGUCGGAGUGACAAGCUUCGGGGAAGAGUGUGGACUUCCUCACAGGCCAGGGGUUUACACACGAACCAGCAGGUUUGCAGGCAUGGUUCACAUUCAGCACCACUGCAGAGGAAAGGAAGCAGGGGAAAUGAAAGGAAGCAGGGAAAGGGAAAGGAAACAGAGCAGACUUCAGUCAAUCUGCAUCAAUCUGCAUCAAUCUGCAUUACCAAACCACAAUAAUGUAACAAAUAAUGACACGUCGCAGUCUACUGAGAGAUUUUCAUAUCUGAAUAAUAAUGAAUGGAUGCCUGAAAAAUACAUGUAAACAUCUUAAACACAGCAGCAGAGUUUGUGCAGUGGUUAGUUGUGAUGUAAAGUGUGCUUUGUUGUAAAUUAUGACAAAUAAAGACAAAUACUAGUUAAUACUCAGUGAAGAACCUGUCAAUCAGGUAGUGAGGUGCCCUUUGGUGUUAUUAAAGAAAUAUCUUCAUUAUUUCUUACAUGAAGUUAUCAUACGUCAUAUAUCAUUCUAGUGUUCUUCCCUGAAUGAACAGUGGUUGAAGUGAGAAGUUCUGGUGAGAGUAAUGUUACAGAUGUGAACAUCUGGAGGUAUUUCUUAAUAGUGGGUAGAUUUGGUCAAAGCUGACAGACACUGGGGCUGUGAUGG